CGGUAACGACAAUAAAUUGCAGUAAAAAGACUCGAAUAUGUGAUUGUAUAUACCCCGGAGUAAGAACAUUUGUUUAUAGUCAUAAAACUAUUAAAUGAAGAGGCUAUCUUAAAUUAAUAAAAUAGCGAGGAACACGUAAUGGCGCCAGCUAACAGGUUCACAAACAUAUCAAACUUAACAUUACAGAGCAGUAAGACAUAAAAUAAUUCUAAUGCCAUCAAUGCAUGAAAAUUGAAUUUACUUCUAAACUAAAUUUUCUUACAUUUCAUGUGUAAAAUAUGAUUCCAAUUUACUGCAAGUAAAUUUGAAGUAAACAUGUUCGAAGUAUAUUUCAAAUGCAUGUAUAUCAAUAUCGGUUCACUGAAGGUGUUGCUUUUACAGUUAAACAAAAUAUUAACAGUUUAAAUAUGUAGCUGCAAAGGAGCUUUAAUUCAAGUGCUAUACUAGAUUGUAUUUUAUGUUUAUGUAUCUCCCACGUGGUGGAAACAUUAUUUUUUAAUCAUCUAUAUAAAACUGAUUUUACAUUUAUGACAAGAGAAAUGUGAAACAUUAAAUCCUAUCUCUGAAAAGAAAUAUUUAUAAGUACAAAAUAUGUUCUAUGUAGAAUUGUUUUAUUUUGUGGUGUUUUUUUUUUGGCAGUGAUUACAAUGUGCUCAUAAUACAAAAAUAUUCGUUAGUAAAUUAAAAACAGUAUUGCUAAAAUAAAUGUUUCCUUUUAAGAUCAAUUCGUUCCUACGAAUGAGGUUAUGCCUAUUUAUUUACAUGCUAUUGACAAUCAUCUUUAUAGCUUGUACAAGUGCUUAUUCCUUUGCAAUAUCGCAGCAUGGAUUUUAUAAGCUAUUGAAAAUAACUUCGUUGAUAAUGCCAAAGGACUACAGAGUUUGUGACCAUAAGCUUUCAUUACAUGGCACACCAUGCCAAAAGCUUUUCCUUUCAUAUCUACCUCAAAUACUUAACGACCAGGUUGUGGAUAAAUUGCUGAAAACAUGUUUCCGAAACAGAAGUGAUAAAAAUAACAUUUCCAGGCUCUUAAACAUAAACUAUGUAAGGCGGAACAUUGGAAACGUUAGUUGCCAUUUGCAAAUACCUCGUUUUGAAAAAUCACAACACCCACUUACUGCAUUAGCAAGUUUUCCAGGUUCUGGAAAUUCAUUGACAAGGGAAAUAUUGGAGCAAGUAACAGGGAUUUACACGGGAAGUAUAUAUCCAGAUAAAUUGGCAAAGUUUACUGGAUCACACAGAUGCCCUACGGAUGGAAGUGUUUUUAUUGUAAAAACUCAUAGUAGAAAUGUCACGGCGACACGGCGUGGAUGCAAAAGUAUGACGUACUCCCGAGUCAUUUAUAUUCUUCGGAAUCAGUUUGACUCUGUAAUUGCAGAGUUCAACAGACAACAAUUAGGAAAGACAACUUACGCCAGCAUGAAUGAAUUCAAGUCAACAAAAUGGGAAAGAUUUGUAAAGGCGUAUGCUAUGAGCUGGCAAAUGUCGGUACUUUUCUGGUUAAAAAGAUAUACGGGUUCUUUAUAUGUUCUAGUUUACGAAAAUUUGAUAUCAAACAUUAUGUUUGAAAUUUACGAAUUAUCCAAAUUUAUUAAUAUUCCUAUGAGUUUAAAGUCACUUUACUGCAUUUCAAUUAAUAACUAUGACACGUAUUUCAGAAAAUAUAAGCCAAAAUGGUUAGUUAGAGAAAUAUUGUAUAACAACACUUUGAAGGCUGAUGUAAAUAAAGUAAUAAAGGCAGUUUUACAUGACCUCAAUACAAACAUACACAUAUCGAACAGUCUAAGACUUUACAUUCUUCUUCAAUGACAAUGCCAAUUUCAACGCAAUAAAUAGAGAAUAACAGGUUACUGUCUUUUGAGAAAGGGUUUCUCAGACGAGGCUAGACAUUGUCCUGGAAGGAGCGAGGCUUGCCUAUUUAUCAUGCCAUGAUUUAUUAACAACUUUUAUCCUACCAUUAUGCGAAAUAAAGUGCAAAAAUAGUGGUGGACCAAAUUUUGCUGUUUUGCCGGACUUCAUUUUUUUUCUUCAAAAUGACGCCAUCUUGUUUUUUAGAAUAAUUGCUAAAAGACUUUUACGCCAAUAUUUUUAUAAACGCGCUCUUAAUAGGUACGUGAGACCAUGUCACAAAUGUAUAGCGUAUGCCUACCAUAUUUGCAAUUACCACAAAAAUGUUUUUAUAACGGAAGCGCUCGUAGAAAACGGAAAAUGACUCAUGCAAAGCGUUUACUCAGGAUUUUAGCUCUAUACACUUACAUCAUGGAAUAUUGCAUCUGGAAUGGACUAUCAUGGAAUAAAAUCAACGAUAGAUGAAACGGUACUGCCUAUUUUUUUCUGCCAAGCGGCGUUAUGGCGUGUGUAUUUAAUUCACUUCAAACGUUUGCUUGGUGAGAAUCGGUAUCCGUCUAGUAACUGAAUUAAGGAUAAAAUUUCACUUGGGAACAAAUUGAAAUUAUUCUUUUGUGUUUAGCAAAACAGAGAUGUGGUCAAAAAACACAAGGUUAGCAUUUGUUGUUUUUUCCCGCUUUUUUAAAUUUUGGGAUUUUAAAGACCUACAUCAGUGUCGUAUGAGGGCGUAAUAAUUUUUAAAUGCAAAAUGGACACAAUCUGAUGUCCUUGGAUUUAAUCACAGGUUUAAACAGUGUAAAGUGUUCUCAAGUCACUGACCUGAAAAAGCCUGCUUUUUCUCAGACAGGCUUUAUCAGGCAGUUGUUAUAGUAAUGACAUGAUAAAUUGUUGUCUUCAGUUAUUACGAACGAUUUUUGUUAAGGAUGGAAGGCUA